UAGAAUAGCUUAGGGCGAUAUUCUUAGUUCUUCUAGUCGAUACUAAAAUUUUGUGAACGGCAAUAAUCAGCCCAGGCCCCAGGUGGCUGCGUAUCUGCCGUAUUUUUAAGAAAAUAUCAUUUGUCCUUUUGUGUAAACUUCGCUAUGGCUCUAAGAUUGAAUUUUGGUUCGAGAUAUAUUUUUCUGCUUCCAACUGUCUUGCUAACACUUUACGGUUUCCUCAACAUCAGUGCCCAAAGCAGCAUUGAAAGAGUAAUAAAAGAAUUCGAAUGCCGCUUCGGAAAUGGCACUCAGGAUACUGAGAACUCCGACCAGAUCGGCCAACCGGAAAUCACCGCGUGCAAUAUUACCGGCAUACCGUGGCGACGAUCGUACACUUUUUUUCCAAAUCGUUUUAGCCUUUUGGAAGAUGACAUGUUGGGUAUAGGUGGCGGUGGAGUCGCGGUAUCAGCAUGCCACAAAAAAGUCGGUAAUGUAACGGACUGCCCGGAUGCACUUUCGGCUGUGCUGCGCUCACCCGAAUGGCAACCACAAGGCUGUCUAAGGGUCAAACUGAUGUUUUGGGUGCGCUUUUCCCACACACCGGUUAUCACCCGGAAUCCCGAAACCCGGUACUUCCUGCAGGUGAUGGUUCAGUAUUCCUGGACCACGCAUCGCCCGACACGACAGUUAUGGGGCACUUUGGGCGAUUAUGCGGCAAUUUUCGCAGCUAACGCACUCCAAUGGCAGCGAAUUACCGUAGAAUUCGAUAUUGGCGAACUGUUUACGUUAAAUUUCUUGGCACACCAUAAUGAGCGCAGUUGUGAACUGGAUGCGGAAGCACCCUGGACGAUAUCGGUUGACGCAAUUUCUGGCGAAGUCGUGGGAUCCGGCAGCUGCGCUGCGGACACUGGCCGCUUAAAGGAACAACAUCGACCAGAUUUCUGUAAUUUGACCUUUUACCAAGAAACGGACAACGGUGUUUUACCGGCAGACCAUGUGACGCAAGAUUUAGGCAGAUGCUCGGUAGCUCUCGAUGAUCCAUCCAGCGCAGACAACGAAGGGCAGACAUGUGACUAUCCAGUCUGCUUCAAAUGGAGCCCGCUGCCACAGAUUGCUGCGCCAGCACUAAACUGCGAUUUCGAUCAUAUCCAACAAACCAGUAUCAAUGCAACUCUGGAUCCCUGCACCGGCUGGUUGAGAUCCUUCAGUUUGUUUCCGUACCGCUUUGAAAUCUUAGAAGAGCGUCUAAAUGCAUCUGCCGAAGUGCCGCCGAACUAUGAAGCAGCUUCUACGCAGUUCGCUCGGUCAAAUUGCUACGUCAAAUAUUUGCCAAAUUCUGCGUACCUCGAGCGAGCAGUUGCACAAUUGAGGACCGAGAGGUACAAUCCAGCAACGUGCCAAAUAUUUCGGACAUCCUUCUGGUAUCGGUUUUCGGGAACGCCGGUGUUCAGUGGUAAUUUAGAGGAACAGUAUUUCUUGGACGUCUUCGUACAUUACUCAGUUGACAAAGACUUUGACUUUAUUCCAAAGCGACCAAUAUGGGGAAGCGAACAAGAUUAUGAAAAUUUUCGCCCCAAUGUGUGGAUGCAAGCGUGUGCCGAAUAUAAUGUUUUCCAAAGCGAGCAGUUUACUCUCAACUUCUUUGCUCACCACAGCAAUAACUGCAUUCCUAAUGAUACUUUCAUUGACAUAGAUGACUUACGGACAGUCGUUGCCGUUGCAGACGAAUGCACAACAAGAGCAACAACACCAACAACAGAGCGAACCCUAGAUUCAUCGGCAACUUUACCCGACACGACAUCAUCGACUGCGGAUGACACCACAGAUGCAACGACCACCGAGCCAGAUACAACAACGUCACCAGCGGAUGACACCACAGAUGCAACGACCACCGAACCACAUACAACAACGUCACCGGCGGAUAACACGACAGUUGCAACGACCACCAAACCAGAUGCAGCAACGUCACCAGCGGAUGACACCACAGAUGCAACGACCACCGAACCAGAUACAACAACGUCACCAGCGGAUGACACCACAGAUGCAACGACCACCGAACCACAUACAACAACGUCACCGGCGGAUAACACGACAGUUGCAACGACGACCGAGCCAGAUACAACAACUUCACCAGCGAAUGACACCACAGAUGCAACGACGACCGAUCCCGAUACAACAACGUCACCAGCGGAUGCCACCACAGAUCCACCGACGAGCGAGCCAGAUACAACAACGUCACCAGCGGAUGACACCACAGAUGCAUCGACGACCGAGCCCGAUACAACAACGUCACCAGCGGAUGACACCACAGACCCACCGACGAGCGAGCCAGAUACAACAACGUCACCAGCGGAUGACACCACAGAUGCAACGACGCCCGAGCCAGAUACAACAACGUCACCAGCGGAUGACACCACAGAUGCACCGACGACCGAACCAGAUACAACAACGGCACCAGCGGAUGACACCACAGAUCCACCGACGACCGAACCUGAUACAACAACGUCACCGGCGGAUAACACCACAGAUUCAACGACGAACGAGCCAGAUAUUCUGGAAACUACACCCCAUUCACUUGAAACGAGCAUCACUGAAACUUCGGAUGCUAGCAGUAGCUCAGUUGAUGCUACAGCUUCUCCAACAGUUCCUGAAUAUGACUGGUUAUCAUUGGACGAGGUAACUGCCCAAAAGCUAAACUGCAUGUUUGGAUCUUCCCAGCCAUCAGGAACGGAGGGUGUGUAUUGGUGUAGAAACUGGAGCAGAAAACUACCAUCCGGAAAGUUUCAGUUUGAAAUUGUUAGCAAUACUACAGCUCCGCAAAAUUUUUUUGCGAUAUCACGUUGUUCUUCGGCAAGCACCGUUAAUUUUGAAAAUGCCGAGGCUGUUUUACGGACACCCGGCGUAUAUAGCAGCGAACACGUGACCUAUAAGCUGCUGUUCAAAUACAUGCUCUCGAGCUCUCCGGAAUUCGGCGAGAAUUACUACCUGGACUUGCGAAUAAGUCAACCAGAAGAUACCGAUAUUUCUAACUCGACAGUCUUGUGGGGAAACCCCUCGCAUUACAGUCAUUUCUCCACUAAUGAAUGGCUUAGCGCAACGGUCAUUUUUGACGUGACUGCAAACCAGACGUUUGUACUGAACUUUGUUGCGCAUCAUAAUGACCGGUGCGCACCCGGCAAACGACGAACCGUUGCUGUCGACGACAUCUUCACACAACAAGCUGAUAAAUCGGUUCGCACAACAUUGGCAACAACAACAGCAGUAUCGACAACCGAAAUUGCAACAUCGCCGCCAAUAUUGUGUCCUUUACCGGCUUGCGUCAAUUGGGGAUCGCUAACCGAACCUGAAUCCGUCAGCUUGAAUUGCAAUUUUGGUCCAUCUCAACCGUCCGGUUCCCAGGAUCCGUAUUGGUGCAGAAAUUGGGAAACGAAAUUUAGGUGGUUGCGUCACCAGUUUGACAUCUUACAAGAAGAAGCAAAACAAGUGCGUGCGAUAUCGCGUUGUUCAGUGAAUACACAAUCAACGACAACGGCCGUCUCUCGGCAAGCUCUUCUUCGUACCCCGGUUGUUGGUGCUCAGCAGUGUACAAUUUAUCGCAUGACGUUUCGGUAUAAACUAUCAAGUGCUCCCGUAUUCAGCAGUGACGAUAGGAGAAACUUUUUCUUGACGUCCGCAUUGGGAAAUCCGGAGAAUCCCAAAUUCCCCGAUGGAUUAUUUGGGGCGGCCAGUCAGACUACGGAAACUUCAGCACAAACAUAUGGGAAAGAGCCAGUGUUGAAUUUCAUACCCCGGAGAGCGAUCGCUUCACCGUAAACUUUGUCGCGCACCAUCCUGAUCCCUGUAGAAAGCAGCAAACAAUUGAGAUUGACGACAUUGUCACGUUAAAAGCCGGAUCGUUAUGCCAAACUACUGUGGCUACUACACCAGGACCAGUUCCGGUAAUUCCCCAUCAUUAUGUGGCAGUUUAAACUGCACGGACAACUUGCUUUUGCCGGAUUCCCUCCAUAAUAAACUGAACUGCAACCUCGGAAGCUCUCAGCCAUCAGGAACAGAUGGCGUCUACUGGUGUUCCAGAUGGGAGCGAAAGGUCAAGUGGUUACGAUUUCAGUUCGACAUUGCGCAAGCGGGUCGAAACAACAUGCAGGCAAUCUCGCAGUGUUCUAUAGUAAACCGGCAUCUCACAAGUCAAAAUGCGUACAAAGCUGUACUGCGCACGCCUGCUGUUGUGAUUGAGUCGGGAGAAUCUGUGGUCUUGUUGCUGACGUUUACAUACACCUUUGGUAGUAUGCCAAACAGCACUUACUAUCUGGAUGUCAGGAUUGGAACAGGGAUAGAAGAAAGUGUACCAGAGAUGGUAAUCUGGACUACGACAAAUUAUGCAGUAGUGCAACCAAAUCAGCCGAUGAAUGCCAGUGUAUGUUUCGAAGUGAACGCUAACACGACGUUCACCGUGAAUUUCAUCGCGCAUCAUGACGUACGGUGUUCGGGAUCAAAGCAGUCGAUUGCCAUUGACAACAUUAAA